AAAAUUUAAUCGAUGAACUUUCGGCUGCUACGAAUACGAAAUAACGAAAAUGCUACUAGAUUUGUUUUUAAAUUAAAAUCAUUGUUUUCUAUUUUGUUUAAAACUGUAUAUUAAAAAAAAAUACUCUGUUCGAUAAACACUUGUAUUAUUAUUACUGAGAGCUAUGUAUGCCAGACAACUUUCAAAUCGAACUGAAUUACAAUGGGUUGAAAUUAAUAAGCAUGUUAAAGAUGCUUUAGUACUUAUGGAUGAUGCAGCUGCUGAAUGCUUACAUUGGCAUGGAGGAUUAAAAAAGAUUUUAGAUGGUGGUGCGAUCUCUGUGGAAUCUUUUUCUCCAUUUGUGGUUAGAAUAAACAGUAUAUUGAUAGCUGAUUCUAAAGUAAGAAAGGCUGUGUUCAUAAUUAUGUCACCAUUAACUGGUGAAAACUGGAGAACUUUAAUAGUCAUUAUCAGAGCGAAUAAAUUCAAACAUUGUGUCAUCAUUACUCCUCUGCCAGCAAAACUUCAUGGUGGGAUAACCGAUGAAACCGAACAAAGCUUCAUUGGUAUUGAAAAUUAUCUUUUACGCUGGACCGAUAAUGUGAAUUUCACAGCUAAUGUAUGUCAUAUUCCUUUAUUCACUUACCAUGUGUCUCAAAAUGUUUUCGUCAUGCCCUCCUUUACUCAAAGAUUUUCUCUUUCUGAAUGUGGUUUAUUGGAAAUGAACCGAAAAAGAACUGAAGAGCUUUCUCUUAAGUUACUAAAUCCAGAAAUGGAAUCUUCUAUUAAGAUAUUAGCAUAUUUUCUCAAUUCUCUGUUGGAUACAUUUCAAGUUAAAGGUGAUUUUUAUUCUCUUGGACCAUUGAGUUAUUUACUUGCAUCUGAAUUGGAAAGUAUUUCUCAACAACAGAAAAAGAAAUCAACUUAUUCAAAUAAAGCUUCUUUGAUUGUAGUUGAUCGAAUUUUAGAUCUAGCUGGCCCUUUGAGUCAGUCAUACGACACAAUGUUAGAUAAAGUUCUGUUAUCUUUACCUCAUAUUCCUGGACAUGUUUUUGAUAUUUGUGUAAAUAUGGAAGAUUUGUCUGCUUGUAAAAGUGCUAUGGUUUUUGGUAGACCUUUGCUAGCUCCUGGUUGUAUUGCUCAUAAAAGCGAUUCUUACGCAGAGGUCUGUUUAAAUGCCAUUUUGUACAAAAAUCCAAGAGAAGCAUUAAUUGAAAUGAAUCGUCAAAUCGUGGAAUGUGCCGGUAAAGAGGGUAUUAACGUAGAUGCAAGCUCACGUCUGACCUCAGAUAUUUUAAAGAAAAAAGUUAUCUGUUUUAAGGAAAAUCCAAAAGUCAUGGCUAAAUUUACUGGACUUCUUCAACAAACACUUGCAGUGAUUCAAGCUUUAGAAUUUUCUAGUUCAAAAGGUGUUGAUAAUUUAGCUGCUAUUGAAAAAGCUUUGCUACAAUAUUUAACAACAUCGAGUGAAGAGGUUCUAAGCAAUAUAAUGCAGAUGAUAACUGAAAAAGAAGAAAUGAACUACAAAAUGGAAGAGAUUAUAAUUUUCUUGGCGUUUUUUUACAUGUUAUCUGGGGAAACUGACUUAGCCAAUGAAUCUGCUAUGCAGGCCACUUUGAUGGAAACAUUUUUUCAAGAUGAAAGUAUGGUUGAUUUACUGUCAGUAUUUGUGGAUGAAGAUGAAAAAGAUGAUGAAAAUGUUUUGAAUUCUGUUAGAACUCUCUUUAAUAUAUUCAAGAGACUUGGUACUAUUCGAAGAAGACUUACAAGAUAUAAAACCUUGUUUAAAUCUACAAAUCCUGCAUUUCCGGCUUCAUAUAAUCCUUUGCUUAAGCAAAUUCUUGAAGACAUUUUUGAUCCAAAUCUUCCAGAAAAUCCUGAUCUUGAAUUUCAUUCUGCUGGGCUCACAAAUUAUAUCAAAACUGGUUUCAGCUUAUUCAUGAAUGUCAAUAAGCCUCAACCAAGAGAUAACCCCGUCAUAUUCAUCAUUGUACUUGGUGGAGUUACUCCAUCAGAAAUAAAAAUUGUUAAUGAAUAUACUUCUCGUCACAAAGAAACUGAAAUAUUUCUGGGAUGCACUGAAGUUUUGUCACCUUCUAAUGUAUUGAAAGAUAUUGGAAUGAUUGUAAAAAAUCUAUCUAAAGAUGCAUCAGAAAAUCAGCAUUCAACUUAAAAUUUCAAGUUAAAUUUGUUAAAUUUUGUAUAUAAAUUGUAUGUAUUGUUAUAAAUUUUU